CAACUUUCUCGACCAAACUCCUUGUGUCUACAACUUUCUCAGCCUUGAUCUUUUCCGUUCUCCAUCUGAGACACGGCCUCCAGCAUAUCCUAAUUAAUAAUCUCACACCUACACGGCACUUGUACACACUCGCCACACACCUCAUUCCCCGACGCGCUGCAGACGUACACGCUACUCUACCCCGUACCCAUACGGGACAACUUCUGAGCUGAAUUGCCCAUCGCCACGAUCACUCCGCCCCUCCCGAUCACCCAGCCCAAAGCCACGCACCUCCACACCGUCACGACCAAGACACCUACCGACGGAGCCACGCCGCUGGCGAUGCUGUCCGCCUCGACGAUCCGGCGGUGAAUCGAGCAUAUCUGACGAGUAAAAUCCCAAACGUCACAUCUCUUCUCACGACCAAGCAACAUGUUCUGUCUCCGAAGCUGGCUCCCGCUCCUCUUCAUCCCGACCAACGCCUCGCCGGCCUUCAUCUUCCUCUUCUUCGUCUGCACGUACUUCCUGAACCGGCCCUGCGUCUACUGCUCCUUCCUGCUACUCAUUCUGUUCAUGACCUCGUGCAACUGGUCCGACAGAUGCUUCUUCGACUUUAGCAGCAACUGGUUCCAGCCAAGGCCCGGCCUGUCCUACUUCACCAGUGGUAACGGUGCCGCCGCUACCGCUGAGAAUGCCUCCUCUGUGCUGGGCUCCUUGCAGGACCUGACCGCCACGGCCAACGCGACGGCGCUUGUGGCCAAGGACCUUAUUAACACCACGGCUAAUGCUCUAGUUGGGACCGCCGCGGAGCAGGCCGCACAGGCCAGGACCGAGUGGACGGGGAUAGGCAUGGAGUGGCUGAGGAGCCUGCUGGGGAAGAGAGAGUGGAGGGUUGAUUGCCUUGAUUUGUAUAUUCGGCUCUAAGUGGAGCACAGCGAGUGAGGCUGUUGCGGAGAGACACCGGUACACGAGGAUACUGUUUCCUGGGAAAAGCGACGACGAUGAAUGGCAUGGGAAUAUAGCUACAAGCAUGAAUACCCAGGGUGAAUAAGAUCCACAUGAAUUGUCCGC